CGGUGUGGGACCGGCCGAAAAUUUCUAAAUUUUUACCUGACCUGGUCACUAUCACUGGGCACUCAGGUGUGAACGAGACAACACCAAUGUGAGAAACAAAAACGCGCGUUACUUGUUAAUUGUGUUUUCGUGUAUUGAAUAACACGAUAUCUCGAUACUGCAAUAAGUACAUGUAAUUUGGGUGAAAAUAAAAAAAUCUUUUAAAAAAAGUAAUAACUAAACGCCUCCAAGACGAAAUGAGUUCUUCGGCCGAGCUACAGAACUUGUCUUGGGACAAAGGGCAACCAGUGCGAGCGAGACUGUUGGAAGCACAACUUUGGUCCGAGUUUUUGGCCAUCAACAACGAAAUGAUCGUGACGAAAACCGGCAGGAGGAUGUUUCCGGUUAUCAAAACACAAGUGACAGGCCUCAGUCCGGGAGACAUGUACACGGUGUUCUUGGAGUUUGUACAGGUGGUCGGUCAACGAUGGAAAUACAUAAACAGCGAAUGGUCGCCAACCACCACGUCGGACCCGGCCACCAAGAAUCCAUUUUACAAACAUCCUGAAUCUCCCAACUUUGGAAAACACUGGAUGGAACAACCCAUUUCGUUCGCUAAGAUCAAACUAACUAACAGGCCGGAUAAUCCAGGACAGACCCAUUUGAAUUCUUUACACCAAUACGAGACUAAACUGCAUAUAGUCAAAGUAGGUGAUCCGGAGAACGUUCAGAUAUUUGCAAUGCCUCAGACCAGAUUUAUGGCGGUCACAGCGUACCAAAACGAAGAGGUUACCAAGUUGAAAAUCAAAUACAACCCGUUUGCCAAAGCGUUCAAGGACACCAAAGUAAAAAAUGAGGACAAAGAGAGGAAAGAACACUAUGACGUCUAUCCCACCUCGGCCGUCGCCUAUGAAAACACUUUGAACUUUUCACACGAGACUUAUGCGACCCCAUCCGAGGAUUGGCUGUACCAGUAUGGAAGUCAAAGGGAUGUGCCGAGUAGAUGUCAGUGCACAGCUUGUUACUUCACCAAACCCCAAAAAUUCCACAACCCCGAACAAGACAACACGACUUACCAGCAGGCAGCUUAUAGUUGGCACAAUUUAGGAGGCUGAACAAUAGUCUACAACGAUUGCGACAAGGCAUUUUAAAUUUUUAUGUAACUUAUUUAUACAUACUUUAUUUUAGUCUGGUUAUAUUAUAAAUACAAUGUACAAACAGUGGGACAAAAUCCAGAUUUUUGGAAUUUAGAAAACCUAAAAUUGCUUUGAAGUACGAAUAAUUUGUUCAAACUAUGGGCAACAGCAGUUUACACUAUUCUGUUUUUUAGGAACUUCAAAGAAUUUAGGUUUUUUAUAUCUUUAAAAUCGGAAUUUCGUGCAAUUCUGUGUAUAUAUUAUAAAUUUUUUUUCAAAGUAUGUUAUAUAUUUAUAUUUUGUGUGUGAAUACUCGGGAUAAAACAUCAC